CCUGAGAUGAAUCCAGCCCGGCCAUAGGACUUGGAGAGUAGAAUUAAGGCAUCUCCACCAUGGCUUGGACUCCUCUCCUUCUUGGCUUCCUUGCUCAUUGCACAGGUUCUGUGGCCUCCUAUGUGCUGACUCAGCCCCCAUCUGUGUCAGUGGCUCUGGGACAGACAGCCCAGGUCACCUGUGGGGGAAACAACAUUGGAAGUAAAUAUGUUCACUGGUACCAGCAGAAGCCGGGCCAGGCUCCUGUACUGAUCAUCUAUAACAGCAACAAACGGCCCUCAGGGAUUCCUGAGCAAUUUUCAGGCACCAAAUCUGGGAACACGGCCACCCUGACCAUCAGUGGGUCCCGGGCUGAGGAUGAGGCUGACUAUUACUGUCAGGCAUGGGAUAGCAGUUCUGGUGCUCCCGUGUUCGGCGGAGGGACCCAGCUGACCGUCCUAGGUCAGCCCACGUCCGCACCUUCGGUCACGCUCUUCCCGCCCUCCUCUGAGGAACUCGCCGCCAACAAGGCCACCCUGGUGUGCCUCAUCAGUGACUUCUACCCCAGCGGCGUGACGGUGGCCUGGAAGGCAGACGGCAGCCCCGUCACCCAGGGCGUGGAGACCACCAAGCCCUCCAAACAGAGCAACAACAAGUACGCGGCCAGCAGCUACCUGAGCCUGUCGCCUGACAAGUGGCAAUCUCACAGCAGCUUCAGCUGCCUGGUCACGCACGAGGGCAAAACCGUGGAGAAGAAGGUGGUCCCCUCACAGUGCUCUUAGGUCCCUGAGACUUCCAGGGAUGGGGGCCUUCCUCUCCCAGAUACCCCUUUGCCAGCUCACCAUGCCCCCCUGAGUCCCCACCCAGGUUCUGCUCAGAGCAGGCAGGUCACAAUGCCAUCCCUGUUUAUUAUUUGCUCAAUAAAGAACUCAUCAUUUAUCAUCUGA